AUGUCUGCAGAUCUUGAAUUCAGACCGCCGAUCAUCAAAAUCACUACUCCCGAUCCAAUCACUACUGAUGAUCAUGACGGUGAUCAAGGGUGUGUAGCUGAAGAUGAUUGCCACACGCCAAGGUCUCCACACCACAUGAUCCCUCCGAUUCUCAGCUGCCCGCCAGCGCCCAGAAAGCCUCCGCCGCGGCGGACGGGGGCGUCAUGCAAGAGGAGGCUGUGGGAAUUCGACUUCUUCGAGACCGUGGCUAGAGAGGAAAUCGAGUCGUUCUUCAAAAGAGUUGAGGAAGGGAUCAACGGCGGCGCCGCCGCCAAGAGGAGAUGCGUGAUGUAA